UGUGUGAAUUUUCUAACCGUGUGUAGUAAACGAAAUUUCUUAGAUAUUGAAUUUGGAAUCUUUUAGUUGAAAUAAAUAUUUAUCGAAAUAAAUUUAAAAUAUCUAAUAGAUAGAAAUCUACGUUAAAAUGUCGUCCGGUAUAAAAUGCCGAAAUUGUGGUUCUACGGACAUAGAAGAAGAUAAUGCACGUGGUGAUCGAGUUUGCACCAACUGCGGUUCGGUACUUGAGGAUUCGUUAAUUGUAUCUGAAAUACAAUUUGAAGAAGUAGGCCAUGGCGCAGCUGCUAUCGGUCAAUUUGUCUCCGCUGAAUCAUCAGGUGGUGCCACCAAUUAUGGCUAUGGCAAAUUUCAAGUUGGUUCUGGUACUGAAUCGCGUGAAGUUACUCUAAAAAAGGCCAAAAAAGAAAUAACACAUUUGUGCCAGCAAUUGCAGUUGACUCAACAUUAUAUCGAUACUGCAUUGAAUUUCUUUAAAAUGGCCCUAAUGCGUCAUUUGACCCGUGGUCGUAAAAGUACACAUAUUUAUGCAGCCUGCGUUUAUAUUACUUGCCGCACGGAGGGGACAUCACAUUUACUGAUUGAUAUUAGUGAUGUACAGCAAAUUUGUUCAUAUGAACUUGGAAGAACUUAUUUGAAAUUAUCAAAUGCUUUAUGUAUAAACAUACCAUCAGUGGAUCCUUGUUUAUAUAUAAUGCGUUUUGCAAAUAAAUUGCAAUUUGGUGCAAAAACACAUGAAGUAUCCAUGACUGCAUUGCGUAUUGUACAACGUAUGAAAAAGGAUUCGAUACAUUCAGGAAGAAGGCCAACUGGUUUGUGUGGAGCAGCCCUUCUUAUUGCUGCCCGAAUGCAUGAGUUUAGCCGCACUAUUGUCGACAUUGUGCGUAUUGUCAAGAUCCAUGAAUCGACUUUGCGUAAAAGGCUAACAGAAUUUGCAGAUACACCUUCCAGUGCACUGACUCUAGAUGAAUUUAUGUCUGUUGAUUUGGAAGCUGAACAAGAUCCACCAGCCUUUAAAGCAGCCAGGAAAAAGGAUAGAGAUCGUAUAAAAGAUAUUGCCGAAAUUGAACUGACAGAAUUGCAAAUGGAAAUUGACAUACAAUUGGAACAGGAUAUUAAACGAAUACAACGCAAUACGAUUAAACGUCUAACUGGUAAAGAUGAUUUCGAAGAUGCCGAAACAGCAGCAUUUAUAGAAAAAUCGAAUAUGGAAGCUAUACAGGAGUGUUUAUCAGAAAAUCCAGAUUUGGCGCCAGCCGUUCCAAAUACACAAAAACUAGUUAUUGAAGGUCUCAAGCCGGACAUUGAAUCGAUGUGCCGCCCCACAGCAAGUGAAUUGCAAGAAUUAGAAAAAUCGAAAAAUACUACAGUAGAAGAUGACUUAGAUCUAGAGGGCUUAGAUGAUGAAGAAAUCAAUAAUUAUAUACUUACACAUGAGGAGGCGGAUCGUAAAAAUGCCAUGUGGAAGGCAUUGAAUGCAGAAUAUCUCAAAGAAAUGAAGGAGAAAGAAGAAAGACUGGCCAAAGAGCGUGAAGAGGGAAAGCCGGAGAAAAAGAAACGUAAACCCAGGAAAAAGGUGAUAGGUCCUUCGACAACAGCGGGUGAAGCUAUUGAAAAAAUGUUGCAGGAAAAGAAAAUUUCCACAAAAAUUAAUUAUGAUAUUUUGAGGUCCCUAAAUGAGGGUGGACCCAGCACCAGUGCUGAUGUUAAAAUAAAAAGUGAAAAUGCUGCAGAUAAAAUUGACAAUGAUGAAACUGCAAUUAAACUUAAAUUAGAGACUAAAGACUUGCCUGUUAUAGUCGAAACAGGGCCCAUAAAAACUAAAAAUAGUCGUGGCAAACCAGCUUAUACCAUAGGUGGACCUAGUGCUAAAAUUCCAAAACUUGAAAUGGGUUUACCAGUGGCAGAACAUGAUCAAAAACCGGAUGAUGUUAUAAUAGAAAAUGACGAUUUAGAUGAGGAAGAUGUCAAUGCAGAUGAUGACAUUGAACCGGAAGCAGAACCCGAAAAAGAAUACUCUUCUCUUAAAGAUAUGCUUAAUGAUGGCGGUGAUGAAGAUGAUUACUACGGUUAUGACGAAGACCAUUAUUAAUUUGGUUAAUUAGAGAAUCUGAAAUAAAUGUUUCUAAAUUUUAUAGUCUAGCUAUAUUAAGCUAACAACAAUUUCUUAUUGUGAUUAUUUUCGAUAUUGAUGUAGGUUCAUUUGAAUUUUUAAUAACUUUUAAAUUAUUUACUCAAUUUAACUAUUUUUUAGUAGUAUUUAAUUUCUUUUUAGUAUAUUGUAUUCUAUUUUCAUUCUAUAGUCCUUAAAAUUAAGUUUUGUAUUAUCAUAAUUAUUAUAAAUUAAUAAAUAUUAUAAUGUGACAAAGGUUAUAUGUAUUUAAUAUUCAAAUAAGAUGACAAUAUAUAAAUAUCUAGCAGA